AAAACUCCUUUUUAACAAUAACUUUACUCAAAAAUCGCUAAUUUUUAAAAACAAAUCAUCACCGACAAUAAAUAAAUACUUAAAUCGCGUCAAAGAAAACUUUAAAAAAAAUGGCUAGCAAAACCAAAACCAAAAUUAAUGGAACAUCAAAGACAGCAAAAAAUCAACCGGAAUCGCGACACGUAGCAAAUGGUUACGAAAGCAGUGAUGAUGAAGAACCAAUUGAACAAAAAGUAUUCGACGGCGUCUUUCGCAACUUAGACAACAAUUCUUACAAAGAAUCCAUCGAGUCCUUAACGAACGCUUUUCUCUGCGGAAGUGUUUGCUUAAUUUGCAUUUCAAAGAUCAAAAGAGCCGACAGAAUUUGGUCCUGCACAAAUUGUUACAACUUUUUCCAUCUAAACUGCAUCCAAAGAUGGGGCAACGACAGCGUUUUGCAGAAAAAACGAUUCAAGGAGACCGACGAAGGGUACUACAACUCUGCCGGGCAAUACAUUCCGAAAGAUGAAAGUCCGCUGGAAUGGAAUUGUCCAAAAUGUCGCGAGUCUUAUGCUUCGUCAGAGAUUCCACGAGACUAUUUUUGCUUUUGCGCGAAGCAAAUCGAGCCGGAAUACCAAGAAUGGAUUUUGCCCCAUAGUUGCGGAAACGUUUGCAUGAAAAAACUGGGAUGCCAACACAAGUGUUUGUUACUUUGCCAUCCUGCAAGUUGCCCUCCGUGUCCUCAGACGAUCACAGUUUCCUGCGAAUGCGGCAAAUCUCCGCUAAAAACAAUUCGAUGUUUCGAGAAAAAGUGGAAUUGUUUCAAGCCGUGCGGAAAAAAACUCGAAUGUGGGCAUUUUUGUGAGGAUUUGUGUCACGAAACGUGUCCGCCGUGCACCAAAACGCGAGUCCAAACGUGUUCUUGUGGCAGUAAAACCGAAAAACUUCCGUGUUUCAAAGGAACAUUAAAAUGCACGAAAAUUUGUGACAAAAAUUACAGCUGUGGCGUUCAUAAAUGCAAAAAAAUCUGUUGCGACGGGAAUUGUGGACCUUGUAGCGUGGGACUUUCCAUGACGUGUCCUUGUGGAAAGCAAAAAUUUACUGGAAGUUGUGAAAAUUCAAAAAUUUCGUGUGAAGACACUUGCGAGAAAGUCCUAGAUUGCGGAUCGCAUAAAUGCAUUUCUCAAUGUCACGCUGGUCCGUGUCCCGAAUGCCAAAUUAUUGUUCCGAAGGCAUGUCGAUGUGGGCUGUUUACCAAGGAAAUUGCUUGUUCGAAGGCGUUUUUUUGCGAAACAAAGUGCAAAAGGUUGAGGACAUGCAAAAAACAUGCUUGUAAUAAAAAAUGUUGUCCGAACGAUGAUCAUGAGACGAUUUGCGAAAAGCCAUGCGGGAAAUUGUUGUCUUGUGGUAAGCACAAGUGCACGAGUUUGUGUGGGCAUUUGGGUCCUUGUUAUCCGUGCAAUAAACAGAGUGAAAUUAAGUGCAAAUGCGGAUCGACAACCAAGCUCAUAAUGUGCGGUCGUGAGAAAAAAUCAAAACCGCCAAAAUGCAGACAACCGUGCACCGUUAAAUCAAAAUGCCGGCAUCAAAAUAAACAUUUUUGUCAUUUUGGCGAAUGUCCUCCGUGUGACGAAAUGUGCAACGAAGCUCUUCCCUGCAGUCAUUCAUGCAAAGCCAAAUGCCACGAUUUUGUCAAAGUCUCGAUAAAAGAAGCGAAUUUUAAGCCGAGCAUGCCUGGAGAGUACGCCGUCGAACGAGUUGAAUUCAAAAAACUCGAUCAUCCAAAAUGUCAAGCAAAAGUUCCCGUUGGUUGCAUAGGAGGACAUGAAACAGCUUUAUGGCCUUGUUGGAACUCGAAGCCAACAUCUUGUGGUCGUCCUUGUGGUAGAAAACUUUCUUGCAGCAAUCACAAAUGUGACAAGGAAUGCCAUUCAGUGAAAGAUGUGAAUAUGUGGGAGCAAGAUGAAAAUUGUGCGAAAUGUGAUCGUGGCUGUGAAAAGAAAAGACCUGAUGGAUGUACACAUCCUUGCAACCAAAGUUGUCACGUAAACGAAUGCAAACCAUGCAUUGCAACAAUCAAAGCCAAAUGUCACUGUGGUCUGAGUUUGCUAGUUUUCAAGUGUUCUGAUUUCAACAUGGACCUCGACGAAAAUUCGAUGCAACAAAAAAGACAAAAAAUUUUAUCAUGUGGAAACCGUUGUCCUAAAAAUUACGAUUGUGGUCAUCAAUGCACCUCGGACUGCCAUGAAGGAGAAUGUCCAAAUGCUGAUUCCUGCAAAAAGAAGAAGAAAAUGUACUGCAAAUGCAAAAAUCGUAAAGCUGAUAUUUCCUGUGAAAAAAUACGAGCAGGCUUCAAGCUAAAAUGUGACGAAUCGUGUGAUGAAAAACGAAAAUUAGAGUCAAAGGAAAGAGAAUUGGAAGAAUUACGCGAAAAAGAGAAGAAAGAGCUGGAAUUUCAAAAAGAAUUGGAGUCUUAUAAGAAAAUUUUUGAGAAAAAACAACAUAAGAAAAAAGCUAAAAAUGUUGUUGAAGAAGAGAAAAAAACAUUUGACACAAAAAUGAUCAUAUUGAUCAUUUUUAUUAUUUUGACAAUAGUUUUAAUUUCUUUGUAUCUUUACUUGUACUAAAUAAUUAA